AUGAGCAAACACGACACUUAUGUUGCUGAACUCAUUCGAUUGGAUGGAUGUGGAGAAUAUGCUAGUGGUAUAUGCAGGGGAUGUCAUGCUCAUGCACAGUUUCAAUGUCUAGACUGCGAUGAUUUGCAGUUGUAUUGUUGUGAAUGCACUGUGACCAAUCAUGUGCGGUCUCCCACCCAUCAAAUACAGGAAUGGAUUGGCAAAUUCUUCCAGGGCAUGUCUUUGAAGAUGUUCGGCCUUCAAGUCCAGCUUGGGCAUCCUGCCAGCCAAAAUUAUACAAACAGAAUCCAUGAAGUCGGGUUGGAUUUUUGUGGCUGUGAAACCUCCAACACGCACAUCAGGCAGCUUCUUUGUCAUGGCUGGUUCCCAUCAACAUUGAUUGACCCCAGGACUGCAGCAACAUUUCAACUAUUGCGUCACUUUCAGAUAUUAUCUUUUGAGUCCAAGGCUUCCACAUAUGAAUUCUACCACUCAUUAGUUCAUUUGACGGAUAAUACAGGGCUCACAAAACCCAAGGACCACUACAACACAUUCAUCGGGGUUGAGGGCACAUUGCAAGGCAAAUGUGUCGUCAUCUGUCUAGCUUGUCCACAGCCUGGUAUAAAUUUGCCCAAUGGCUGGGAGCAUGCAACAAAAGAUAAACAGUGGUUGUACACUACAUUUGUCACCAUAGAUGUGAACUUUUGCUUGAAGAGGUGCAAUGUGUCGACUGAUCAUGCUAACCCCAGCCUUUCUAAAGGAUGGUCGUAUUUUGUGGAGGAGGCUGAUUACAAGUCAUAUCUAGCUGAGCAUCUUGGAGAAGCACAAGAGAAAAGCACUUGCUCGAGUCACAAUGCAGUAAAUAUGGUGGAUACCAAAUUGUCUCAAGGACUGGCUGCAACUGGUGUUGGCAUGGUCAACUACACACACCACAACAUAAAGCGAGGUAAUGGAGUUGGUGAUCUACAGAAAGGCGAAAAGUACAUUAAUAUGGAUUAUCUGUUCUUCUCCAUGUUGAACUAUGUAUCAAAGAUUAUUCACUUCUUCAUACCGAAAUUUCACCUUCCCGCACACAUUGCAAAAUGUCAAUCGAUAUUCUCAUUCAACUUCACUUGCUUCAUUGGCCGGACGGAUGGCGAGGCCCAGAAAGAGGUUGGGUGCCAUCGAGACACACUCGACGACCAUUUUGGUGAUUGGAAUUGGAAGAAGGUAGUAGGCUUGGGUGCUUUGCUGUUGAAUAAGAUGAAAGAUGCUCUGGUCGAAAGGGCUGAACACCAGGCUGCUUUUGACGAGUUUGAUGCUGUGAUCUCUAUUGAACAUCAUGCAACAUGGCUCAGUGAAAUGGAGGUUUGGGAACAGAAUCCUAACGACACCAUGAUUCCCAAUCCACUUGAAACCAAAGCUAUCACAAUUACACAGGCAGGUGCACAGCUGAGACUGGCCAAGCUGGAAGCACACAAGCUGGAGCAUGGGGUAGAUGUCUCAUUACAUCCAGAAGUCUCACCUAGUGUACUUAUUGUGUCCGGUCUAGACCUGGAAGAAGAACAACGUCAUCUUAAGUCUUUGGUCAAGUCCAUGGGUGUGCAUAUCAUGGAUACACAAUGGGGCAGCCUUGUUCGGAUGUGGAACUUGCUCUGCCAUAAAAUCGAGACAUGGGGUCAUGUUCAGGUUCUUUACAUGCCUGCACACCUUCAGAACAAUGAAUGGGAAUUACGCUACGCCCAGGCCCAUGAUGCGCUUGAAGAGCUUCGCCAGUGUUUGCAUAUACACUGCUCACUUCUCACAUUUAAAUGCACUAAUAUGCGAGCCCAAAACGCCCUCACUUGCAUCCAUGGCUGGCGUACUGCAUGCAUAAAAUGCUACAGAUCGGCUUGGACAGCCCUAAAAUUCCUAGCCAUGCUGUUGAAGAAGAUGGAUUGGAAGGGCCGAUUGCACGAGCUAGCAGAUGAGCAUAUCAAACCUCUUGUGGAUCUGUUUGGUGUCUGGGAAGGAAGACGUCAGGUAUCAUGGAUUUGGAUGAUGGAGGGGAUUGAUUGCAAUGGCCAGGAUUGUGAUGAUGAUGGAGUGCAUAUCAAAUGGUGCAAGAGCCGGGCGAGAGCCCUACAAUGGACAGAGGAAGUGGAAUUGCUCACAGAGGAAAUGGAGAGAGUGAUAUGGUUUUUCCACUGGGAUGCACAGUGUUGGGAAGAGCAGAGAAGUCAAUUCACAGGAGAGAGCCCUGCCCAUACCGAAGGCUUGCAGGCCUAUGCUGCCCGACAGGCUGAUAUCCGCCAUAGGCUUGCUGGCCAUUUUUGUGUGCUUUGGGCACCUUACCUGAUGCCGACCCUGAGCCCUGGUAUCGACACCACACCUCCCUUCCUCCAUGCUGAGCUGUCAUUACCCGACUUGACAAUGCCUGUGAUGGACACUGAUGACUUCUGUGACGAUCACGCCUGA